AUGUUUGAAGCCAAGCUCAGCAAGGCCGAAAUAUGGAAGAAAGUCAUAGAUGCUGUCAAAGAUCUUGUACAAGAAGCAACCCUGGAUUGUACCGAGAAUGGAAUCAGUCUGCAGGCGAUGGAUAAUGCUCACGUCAGCCUUGUCUCUCUAUUAAUGCGUAGUGAUGGCUUUGAAACGUAUAGGUGUGACCGAAAUCUUUCAUUAGGUCUUAAUAUAACCAGGUACUCGUACUUCCCAUGCUUCACCGUUAUAGUGCUGGAGACAAAGCAGACAGACCAAGAGAAGACCUCUGAUUUCGAAAUAAAGCUAAUGGAUCUUGACGUUGAUCAUCUUGGAAUACCGGAUACCGACUACAAGUGCGUCAUACGAAUGCCAUCUUCUGAACUUCAAAGGAUCUGCCGAGAUCUAGGACAGAUAGGCGAUUCGGUAGUUAUAUCAGUAGCAAAGGAUGGUGUUCGCUUUUCAUCUACCGGAGAUCUAGGCACUGGCAAUAUUCAUUUAUCUCAGACUGCUAAUGCUGACAAGCCAGAAGAAUCUGUUUCUAUAGAAAUGCAUGAAGCAGUCAGCAUGACCUAUUCCCUCCACUAUUUUAAUAUUUUCACGAAGGCUGCUCCUCUGUCAAGUCAGGUUGUAUUGUCGCUUACAGAGAAUGUUCCGGCCGUUGUCGAAUUUACAAUUGAUGAUAUCGGCUAUAUCAGAUAUUAUCUCGCCCCCAAGAUUGAAGAUGAUGCAGAUUAA